AACGCUCACCUGCAGGAGUUUGAGGACAGACAGAUUCUUAACGUAGCUUCAGACACGGUGGACUUCAUGCUUUCUAAAAAACUAGCAGUUGAGCAAAAGUUGCUGCAGAUGCUUUUGCAAAAACUGGGCAACCAUAACAUCUGGCUGCGUGCACGGGAAAUCUUCAAACACUCUCUGAGUGAGGGCUAUUACCCAGGUGUGUCGGCUCCUCCUGGUUUCAUGGCGCUGAUCGUCCCCUGGCAGCUGGGGGAGGUGGAGCUGGCUCUCACCUACGAGAUGUUCAUAACGGUCAACGCCACCGACAUUAUCCACCGGUCAGACAUCAGCACUUCCACUCUCAGCAUCACUCUGAAAAGGACUCAAAGCUGUGAGAGCGAGUAUCUGACGGCCAGCAGCCGCGUCCUCUCUGCAGCUUGUAUCACUCAUCCCAAACUCAUUGUUCACUACACGGCCGUUGACUCGGCACAGGAUCAAGUGUUCACGCUUGACGUUUCCUCUGCUCGAUGGUGGCUCCGUCACAAUCAUCUGUGGGCCAAUGAGGUGUGGGCGCACUGAACCAAACAGUCUCUGGUAGGACUUCUCUUUGCUUUCCUUCAAACUGUGUAUGUUCCAGAGACAUCAGCUGACUCUGUUUUCCUCAUUUCAUUGGUGUUUUUCGGAACACGUGUGUUUCUGUUGGCUGUGUGUUUGUAACAAUAAUGGUCAUAUUUCAGUUUAGUCUUUGACUGUGAAACAUAAAAUCAUAACCAAAGACUGACGCCAGCAUUAGUGUUUCACAAAGAUAACUUUGUUUUGUUUUAAAAUAUAUUUAAGGAUUUUUGUUUUUAGUUGUUGUUUCCUGAACGGUCCUUUUAGCUAACGUGUCUCUGGUUUAUGUCACUCAGUGUCUGUCGGGAACAGAGAUGUUACAGGUAUCAAAUUAAGUUUCUAACAGCAGUGUAAAUGUGAUGUGAGUGUAUAUAUUUGUGACGUGUUUAGUCUUUGACAGUAUGAUGUUACUGUGUUGUGUUAUUGAUUGUCAAACCUCAACUGUUGCUCGUUCCUGAGCGGAUUUCUAUUUUCUUUGUAUGCACCUUUGUACGUUUUAUAAAAAACAAAAAAAAAAAUUGUUCUCCAGACUCUGCGGUGUUUGUUCACAGACGGGAAAGAAAUCCUAAACAAAUAAUUUCAGUGAUAAAAGUUAAAAGGUUGGCAGGUAGGUAGCUGUUUUGGUUUGCAUGAGUGUGUUAGCAGCAUCGUUCAUCAGUCUCAUUAGCUUUUAUUUAGCAUUUUAGUGAUUUAUUUUUGG